UGACGAACCCCCUCUUUGCUUUAAAUCUUUACAAAAAUGGGUAUUGACAUUAAGAAGCACCACGUUCGCAACAAGAACCGUCAGGCUCCCAAGUCCGAGGAUGUCUACCUGUUGUUGCUUGUCAAGCUCUACAGAUUCCUCGCCCGCCGUACGGACUCUUCCUUCAACAAGGUCGUCUUGAAGCGUCUCUUUAUGUCGCGUGUCAACCGCCCCCCUAUGUCGGUUUCCCGCAUUGCUCGUAACCUGGCUGGCAAGGAGGGUAAGACCGCCGUCGUUGUUGGCACCGUCACUGAUGAUGUCCGCUUCCUCGAGGUUCCCAAGUUGUCGAUUGCCUGCUUGCGCAUCACCAAGACCGCCAAGGCCCGCGUCUUGAAGGCUGGCGGUGAGGUCAUCACCUUUGAUCAGCUCGCCCUCCGUGCCCCCACCGGUGCCAACACUGUCUUGCUCCGUGGCAAGAAGAACACCCGUGAGGCCGUUAAGCAUUUUGGCAUGGGUCCCGGCAAGCACGCCAAGCCCUAUGUCCAGAGCAAGGGUCGCAAGUUCGAGAAGGCCCGUGGUCGCCGUGCCUCCCGCGGCUUCAAGGCUUAAACAAAAAAACGGUCUUCUUUUUUGUAACCAUGCGUUCUGUGGUAGUGGUGGUGUCUGUCAAUCAUUCCUGCAAACCUGUGAAAUUGUCCGAAAUAAAGACCAGCUUUCGGUUUUCAUGGUUUGCUUUUGCAAACAAGGCUCGUUUUUUAUCAGCACAUUGUUUGGGGUCGAAGGAACACGUCAAUACGAUCUGCAGGAUAUGGGCAAAGGAAUGCAUCAACGCGAUCUGCAGUAUAUGGAUCCUUAUGUAAAUAGCAAUUAGGCCAGCAGCAAUGUUGAUGCCAUGAAGGCGCGCUCCGUUGCACGAAAAAAACAAUAUUAUUAGAAUACUUGGGCGGAAGAAAAAAGCGAAUGGUAAUAGCAGCUAUGUUUUAUUUAAUUUUUG